GUAGGUCAGCGACAAAUGCAUUUGCGGCGAAUUUUUCUUUAUUACGUUAGAAGUGGUGCCAGCGACUGGACGAACUUAGAAAAUGAUUUUGCUACACACACUUCUCCUCUUCAGCAUCCUCCUACCAGCUCUCUCUGCGCCCGACCGUGCAGAAGCCAUGUCCAGAAUUACCGAAGCCAGGGCCCGCCUUGUUGCAAACCGUGCGAAACAUCGAGCAAACCCUGCCAGAUUCACAACCCAUGGCCGACCAUCCAUACCCAGUCGUUCCAAAAGACAAUACGCCCCACAAUACGAACCAUACCCUUACCCACCGCCGCCGCCACCACCCCAAAGCUACGCAUACGAAGACCCAGAACCAAUCCCCGUCCACAUCUGCUCCAUCGAAGACGACGAAUACGCAAGAAACGCAGAACCAGAAGAAGAAUCACACGAUUUUCACCACUUCUCUGGGGACCACGACCAAGCUUUUCCCGGCGUUCCACGAGAAAGUGAACAGUUUGAUGAUAAAGCUCGAGCAAUGAAUGUGUGGCUGGAGGAGUCCCAAGGCGAACGACCCUUAGACAGAGCCUUGGAAGAGUUGUCCGACGUGAGGGAUAUUUUGAGCGGGUUUGAUGGGUUAAGAGAAGCUGAAACUUUACCAACUGAAACUUUACCAGCUGAAACUUUACCAGCUGAAACGACACCAGUUAACGUUACUGUAAUAACACGAAAGCCGUCUAAGCCAAAGGGUCCUCAGCCAGGUGCACCCGAACAUAGAGGCCCCAUAGUGAAAUUCGACACUCAAGGUGGUGAUCCUGAAGACACUGAUCAAACUAGGGAUGCAGAGGCAGAUCCUCAUUUACAUUCCCGUUUUCACACUCACCUCCACUCCACUGUUCACGGUCACGGACUUCCCUUUCCACCAACACAUAUUUCUACUUCUGGUUUACAUUUACCUGCGACUCAAGUAAUCACACCCGGGUUGAAUUUGAACAUCAACCAGAACCAAAAUGUCAAUCAAGGUUUAAAUUCGGGUUUGCAUAGAGGAAUUGGGCCCAUUAUUCCCGGAGGAAUCGUGUCGCCGCUAAGUCAUUCUUUACCAAGUCAGAGUGCAGUCAUUUCAACCCAGACGCAACCAGUUUUCCAAGUAAGGCAGUCUGCGGCAUCACCCGAUGCGAUAGAAGCUCAGGGUCCUGAACGUCAACCUAAUCCUUCCACUCUCCCAAGUCAUUUUACUCAUCCGGAUUCCCCCAAUUUUCAGUCGGCCAUUCCAGGCUUUAGUGUGUCCAGAUCUGGAGAAGAAACUUUCGAUGAAGACGGGGCAAAUUUUGGGGAUGAGGAAGAAGUGCCGUCGGGACAAUCCAGACAUGCCAGUCCCACACACAAGAAAAAGAAGAAGAUGAAGCACCAACCUUAUCAGAGUUAUCCUUCUUAUAGCUCCUAUUAUCCACGUCCGACUUAUGGACGAUACAGAGAAGCCGAACAAGAAGGGGAUUUUUUAGCCGAAGAUAGAGAAGCUAGUCCAACCCACCACAAGAAAAAACACCAAAAAUCGCACUACAGCCCCUACCGAGAAGCCGACGAGAAUGAUCAGCUUGCCUCAGCUGAAGACCUACUUUCUUCACUUUUUAUGAGCCGAGAAGCCAGUCCCACCCACUCGAAGAAGCCAAAAUUUACCACAGUCUACUAUCCAACGUACAAUAAACAACCACACUACUACGGCCAAUCAGGGCACUACAGAGAAGCCGAAGAUAUCGAAGACCAGCGUCGCCAAAGAGACGAAAAUGACGACUUAGAAGACCUCAUUUCUUCGAAUUUCUUGUUCGAUUUUCCUGCCCGGAGAAGCAUUUCGGGCUAUAAGAGAUCCACCGAGCAACAACUGGACCAAAUUCUGGGUCAACAACGCCAGAUUGUAGAGUCGCUCCAACACCAAUCAAAAAACGACGAAGACUUGAAACUAGUAGCCGACAUAAGCAACAGAACGCUGACAGAUCUAGAAGAAAAGAGUCGAAAGAUCAGCAAAAGGUCGAUUCCUAUUACCCGAUUGAUCAGUGACCCUAAAGUCAAGCUCGAUGUUCCACAAACGGUUGAAAAUUUUGGGACCGCUACCAAGCACUCAUUCGAAGAUGAAAGAGCCCCGAUGUACCACCUCAAACACAUGAUUGGGUCCUCAAAAAACGCACUUCUUUCUGCCAUGAGAAUACCGCCUCAGAACAUGAUCAUACCUUCGGACUACGAAAUAGUAAGAUCUUCGGAAAGUGGUGUUUACGAUAAUGAACCCGAUGAUGACCCGUCUUCUCAUACUUUCACCAGAGUCGGACAAAUGGUAAGAAAUAGCAUCAAAUCGGGUCAAGAGACGGCAGCCCACCUUAGUGAUGUGGCCCACAGUGCUAAAAAUAUGUUUAGCACGGCUAGACACUCAGCCCCCAGAUUGAUCAUCCCAUACUCACAAAUUCCCGCUCUUCAAGACACCCGUAGACCAAGACCCAACAAGGCCCUUUUGCUAACACCAAGAAUUCUAGAUCUAGCCGAAGAAACUCGAAAAUCGUCAGAUUCCAGACCCAACUUUGUUCGUUUGGGACACUUGAUGGACGCUGUCGGGAUUUCCAAACCCAACCCGAAAAGUCUAGAGUUGCAGAAAAUAGUUUUUGGACCUCGAGGUAUCAGUGAGGGCCGCGCCGACGAAAAACUAGCCGAACUUUAUAGCAAAUUUAGACACAAAUAUGACGACGAUGUGGAAACUGUUGGUGAGGCGAUUAGUACCUUGGAAGAUGCGAAAAUAUCAGUAGGGGCCAAAGAUUUGCGCGAUUUCCUCGUGAAGAUGAGGGGCGAAUUGACUAGUAUGGUCCAAGGUACACCAGUUGAGUACAAGAAGAAACCGACCCUAAAGAAGAAGAAGAAAGAAGAGACGAAGGAAAUGGGGCGCUUUAUUGAAACCUUGUUUGAUGGAAGUAAGCCGCAGCCAAAAAACGACGAACGCACAGAAGACGGAAAAACGGGCGAGAAUGAAGUUGUAGGGGAUAGAAUGUUUCUUUCGCCCGAGCUUCUGCACCCGUUCAUGGGGCGGGCGUCGGAAGCGGACGUAAAGAGCUUCCUUCGGGAUAAUGGUGACAAUCUGGACAAAAAAGACGAUGCGUCGAAGAAUCACUAUGAAGAAUUGACUGGGUCAACCCAUGAUGAUGGUCUUAAUAAUUCUGAUUUGGGGUAUGUUCUAGGGGCCAUCAACCCUUUGAUGUUUGAGAGGAUGUAUAAUCAGACUGUCAAGAUUAACAAAGAGGGUGUGACCGAUCCUCAAGAGAUGUUUCAGCAUCAGCGCAAGAAAGACGAUGAUGGGACUGUUGGGACUAGUUUUACUUUGUCUGGACCCAUGCUGAAGCCGUUCAUGGGGGGUGUCCAACCACAAGAGAUUGAAAAUUUCCUGGAUACGUACAACAGGGGUGAAUCUUCCGAGUUUGAAGAAAACGAAAAAUAGUUUUGUAGUUUUUAUUUUGAUAAUGUAUACGUUUGAUUUUGUACGAAGAUUAGGUACCUAUGUAAACCUAAUUCUGUUUGAACGAUAGUUUUGGUAUGGUCUUUGUGGCCUAGGUCUAGGUCUGCUGUAAUAGGGAUCUGUAACAAUUUGCCAAUUUAAUAUACAUGUUUGACAUA